AUGGCUAUGUCACUAAAGGAAAUCUACGAGAAAACAUCGGAGCACGAAGCAUUUUAUACGGGUGGUGAAAUACAGUGGACUAAAGAUGGUGCUAACUUUUUGUGUCAGUGUGAUGACCUUAUAAAGGUUAUUGACAUAAACACUGUUCGUAAUACAAAUACUUUUGGAUCCUCUGGAGACGGAGACGAAGAAACAGACCCAAUUUAUACAUUUCAAUUGUCACAUAAUAAUGAUACUGUAGUAAGCGCACACAAGAGUGGCCUUAUAAAGCUAUGGGACUUUGCCACUGGAUUGGUACAAAAGACUUGGAGAGCCGGUCACAAAGGAUCAGUGGCUAAACUAGCUUAUGAUGUUAAUGAUACAAAUAUAGCAUCAGGUAGCUCAGAUGGUAACAUUAGACUUUGGGAUUUAGUACAUUACACAUGUACAAGUAGUCUAAAGGGGUCUUUAGGUGUUUUUAGUGUGUUAAAAUACCACCCUGAUUCAUUAAAAAAUUUAAUUUUUGGUGCAGCAGAUGAUACUAAGAUAAGGUCAUGGGAUACAAAAACAGGAAAAGAAAAAAUGUUGUAUUCUGGACAUUUCAGCAAAGUCACUUCCAUACAAUUUACAUCAGAUGGUGAUUAUAUGGUGAGUUCUGGAAGAGAUAGAGUUCUGAUAUUGUGGAAAUUAACAGAAAGUAAGUCCUUGCGUGUUAUACCAGUUUAUGAGUGUAUUGAAACUAUGUUUCUCUUACCACUAUCAUUUAAAGUCCCAAACUUUAAUAAGAAGCUGGAUACAGAAGGUAUUUAUGUAGCUUGUGCUGGUGAGAAAGGAACUGUUAAAGUAUGGAAUGUAGCUAUGAGUAGGCUUAUGUUUGAACAAACUAAUAGCCUUGUUUCUCCGACAUCAGAAGAAGGUGGAUUAGCUAUAACGCAUUUACUGUUCAAUGAAGCAAGAAACAUCUUGUCAGUAGUCAGUGUAGAUCAUAACAUUAUUAUCUAUGAUUUGGAAACUUUUAACUGUAUGAAACAAAUAACAGGCUUUUCUGAUGAAAUCCUAGAUAUUGUAUUUAUUGGAAAUGAAGAGGAUCACGUUGUAGUUGCAACAAACAGCCAAGAUUUGAAAUUAUACCAGCUUGACAAUAUGAACUGUAAGUUAAUUAAAGGCCACACAGAUAUUGUUUUAGCUUUGGCUAAGUUUCCAACAAAUAAAGAAAUGUUUGUCUCUUCGGGAAAGGAUAAUUCUGUAAGAAUAUGGAAACUGAAUGUUUGCGGAGACAUUACUUGCCUUGGAGUGGGAAAAAGACAUACUGGUUCAGUUGGUGCUCUUAGUACAUCACAGACUACAUGCAGUUAUUUUGCUUCAGUCAGUCAGGAUAAUUGUCUUAAAGUGUGGUCUGUACCAAAAGAUUUUAAUGACACAGAAUCAACAUUAAUAUCCAGUCAUACUGAAUUGGCUCAUAAUAUGGACAUAAACUGUGUUGCUAUUUCCCCAAAUGACAAAAUUAUAGGUACAGGUUCCCAAGAUAAAACAGCAAAGUUGUGGACUGAAGACUUAACAAUGUUGGGUAUAUUAAAGGGCCAUAGAAGAGGUGUUUGGUGUGUUAAAUUUUCUCCUGUAGAUCAAGUUGUUUUGACAUCAUCUGCUGAUAGCUCUAUAAAAUUAUGGUCUAUAGCAGAUCUCAGCUGCUUAAAGACUUUUGAGGGCCAUGAGAGUUCUGUUUUAAAAAUAGAAUUUAUCAGCAAAGGUCAGCAGAUACUCUCAACGGGUGCUGAUGGCCUUUUAAAAUUGUGGAACAUAAAGACAUCAGAGUGUAAAAUGUCUUUAGACAAUCAUGAUGGUAAAGUUUGGUCCCUAGCAGUAAAUUUGAAUGAAUCUAUCAUUAUUACAGGAGGAUCUGAUUCAAAAUUAGUUCUCUUAAGGGAUGUCUCUGCAGAGAAAAGGGACAAAAUGAUAAGAGAACGAGAGGAAUUGAUAUUGCAAGAACAGGAAUUAUUAAAUUUACUGCACGAUAAAAAGUUAGUUAAAGCACUUAAACUAGCUUUAAGAAUGGAAAGACCUUUUCAUGUUUUAAAAAUUGUUAAUGAAGUGUUGAAAUUUGGUACAGAGAAGUUGUCUCAAACCCUUAAAGAAAUUAAUAACACGCAAAAGGAAACAUUAUUAAGAUUUGCUGCUGAAUGGAAUACCAAUACAAAGAACUGCCAAGCUGCACAACUAGUCUUUAAUAUAUUAGCGCCAGAAAUAAUAUCGGGUAACUUACAAGUGCCGUCGUUAUCUCGUUUUAUAGAAGGAGCACUGCCGUAUACAGAAAGACAUUUUGAGAGAUUAACGAAUUUACUUCAGGACCUUAAUUUCAUAUCGUAUACAGUAAAUUGUAUGCAACCCCAUAGUAUCAGAAAUUAA